GUCACAAAAUACCACCGUCCAUAAUGUGCAUGAAACCAACUGGAACACAAGAUGAUUCGACUUUAAAGUGGCAUUUCCACAAAAUUUAUUUGCAUCUAAUUUGAAGAUACACAAGCGGGAGGACCACAACAGGGAGGGAUAUUACACACUUGUGCAACAUAGUAAUUGAUCAAAAAACUGAUUCUUCGCCACUGACCGGAGUACACAAACCAGCGGAAAAUGACGGCCGCACUACUUUUCAGCCUUUUUUACUUAUUUUUGCAACGUGGUGAAGCUCAGUUCCCCCGAGCGUGUUGCACCGUUGAGGGGAUUCUGUCCAAGCAGUGCUGCCCUGCCUUGGGCUCCGAUCCUGCAAACGUAUGUGGCACCCUGACGGGGAGAGGAAACUGCACCGCCGUCCGGGUCGACACCAAACCCUGGGGCGGGCCGUACAGACUCAGGAACGUUGAUGAUCGGGAGAGAUGGCCCACCAAAUUUUUCAACCAGACAUGCAGGUGUAGUGGCAACUUUGCAGGUUUUGACUGUGGGCAGUGCAAAUUUGGCUGGACCGGACCAAACUGCGACCAAAGAAAAGCUCCCGUCAUCCGAAAGGACAUCCACACGCUGACCUCUGCAGAGCUCCAGGAGUUCCUGGAUGCUCUGCAACUGGCUAAAACCACUAUCCACCCAGAUUAUAUGAUCGCCACCCAGCACUGGCUGGGCAUCCUGGGGCCAAACGGAACUGAGCCCCAGUUUGCCAACAUCUCCAUCUAUGAUUUUUUCGUGUGGCAACAUUACUACUCUGUCCGAGAUACUCUGCUUGGUCCUGGCCGCCCAUUCAAAGCCAUUGAUUUCUCUCACAAAGGACCUGCAUUCAUCACCUGGCACAGGUAUCACCUCCUCAGCUUGGAGAGAGACCUACAGAGGCUGACUGGCAAUGAAAACUUUGCGGUACCAUACUGGAACUUUGCGACGGGGCAGAAUGAUUGUGAUGUGUGCACGGACGCUUUGCUUGGAGGCCGAAACCCAGACAACCCCUCCCUCAUCAGUAACCAGUCAAGAUUCUCCAACUGGGGGGUGGUGUGUAACAGUUUGGAUGACUACAAUCGCCUGGUGACUCUUUGCAAUGGCACCAAUGAGGGUCUUAUUCAGAGAGGCGUAAUGAGAGGCACAAACAUGUCUCUGCCCACCAUGAGUGAUGUUCGCAGUUGCCUCGGCAUCCGCGACUUUGACAGCCCUCCAUAUUUCACCAACUCUUCCUUCAGUUUUAGAAACGCCCUGGAAGGGUAUGACAAACCAGACGGCGAAUUGGAUGACACCGUGAACAAUCUUCACAACCUGGUCCACGCUUUACUGAACGGAACCAGCUCUUUGCCUCACUCUGCAGCCAAUGACCCCAUCUUUCUGGUCCUUCACGCUUUCACUGAUGCCAUUUUUGAUGAGUGGAUGAGGAGGUUUCUCCCUUCCAAUGCCAGUUUUCCAGAUGAAAUGGCACCCAUCGGUCAUAACCGGGACUACAACAUGGUUCCGUUCUUCCCUCCAAUUACAAAUGAAGACAUCUACAUACCAUCAGAGCAGCUGGGGUAUUCCUACGCUGUUGCCUUUGAAGAUGCAGGAGGAUCUGCCGUGUUUGUGGUUGGAUCCACACUCGGGGGAGUCUUCAUCGGGCUCCUGGCGCUUCUCCUUAUCUUCGUGCUCUACCUUCGUCAGCGCAGAAACACAGGCUUUGAACCCCUGAUAAAAGCCGACUUCACACAUAGGAAGUACACGGAGGAAGCUUAAUGCAAAGAAAUGAAACCUACACUGGCCUGCGUGAUACAAGAGGAAAUUAUUAAUCGUCUAGAUCAGGGGCGGGGAACCUACACCGGGUGGGUCAUGUACACAGACAACUAAAGCACUUGAUCCAGACUAAAUAACAUAAAUCUUGGCCAACACAUACAAAGUGAAAUGGUCCCUCAUCGGGACAAGGUUCUCAAACCCUGUUAUAAUGUAUAUAUAUCAGUGUUUCCUAACCUUUAUUGAUCCAAGAAACAUAUUUUAUAAGAGGACAAAGUGCAUAACCAAACAAAAAUGUCACAUAAAGUAUAUAAUGUAUACUAAAAUUAAUUCCAUUAAUAUCCUCACAAAUGUAUUUACUCAGUGUAAAAUUUGGUCCUGUUUAGUCAAACACAAGCUUAAUUGUCCCGUCUGCCAUCUAGAGGAGAAACAAUUAAUUGUCUGUCCGUCACUGUUUAUCACUGGUAUCGAUUGAUGAACAAUGAUACAUUUAAUUGUUGUAAACACAUUAUUUUUCUGACCUCACUAAUAUACAGCUGCACGGUGGUUGGGAAUCACUGUUGGAGAUGAAUGACAUAUGGAAACAAUGAAAAUCAUAUCAUAGGCUAAUUGAGUCCUUGAACAUGCGUGUAGUAAAAAAGAAUAAAUAAAUCACAAUAAAUGUCAUGUUUAGAUUGAAACUCUGUCUUUUAGUAUUCCGUAAUCAUCACAAAUGAGAACCUAUUGGAAUGUUUUUUUAAGAAAUAUUUAUUCUUAAGAACAGUACAAAAACACUGAAUGCAAUCCCCUUUCAUUGCAUUGUAAGGCAUAUUUGCUUAUCUGCAUGGAGUUCAUUUGAAUGUAACAACAACAAUGCACUGAUGAGAAAUACAAAUAUUGACUUGAAGCAUUUCCACUUGUGGAUACAUUUUUCCCCAAAUUUGUAUUCAAAAAAUAUUCCCAUUAAAGGUUUGAUGAUACAAAACAUAA